CAUAACCAGGAAACCGAAACUGUUCUUUGUUUUUUUUUUCUUCUCCUCUCCCUCCCAGAACUGAACAAGACAGUGAGCUGCUUACUAACUCCCGGGCCUCAGCCACCUCUGAGAAUGCUGUUCUCUGAUUUCAGUCCUUGGGAGCAGACGUUUCAAGAUCUGAUCCAAGAGGAGAAACCUGGGGCCUACUGGACCUUGCAGUUAAGUAGGAACAUUGUUCCAAAUGCUGCGGCCGUGGGAUGGAGGCAGUACCAGCAGACAGUACCUGGCAGGUUCCACUGUUCCAUUUGUAAGAGAAGUUGGAUUUCUGCCCAAGUGAAGAUCUUAUGCCACAUGUACCGGGUGCCUGGGACAUCUCAGGGCCAGGUGCUCAUGAGGAUCUUUGCUCAGCGGUGCCAGAAGUGUACUGAGUCUCAAUUUGAGAAUCCUGAGUUCUCCACAGAGACCACCAAAAGGAUUCUGAGUGGCCUAGUGAAUUAUAUUCUGUAUAGAUACUAUGGACAUGGCACCAGGAAGAUUCCAUCAAAUGUACCUUUGGAUGAGAGGGUGCCUUUGGAUGGGCCCCAUGACGCACAAAAUUGUGAGGCAUGCACUCUCGGCCUACAUGGAGGGUGUGCCCUUAUACCCAAAGCAAAGCUGCCCCAAUCCUCAUCUCCUUCACCAAACAGAAAGGGAAAUAAUGCUGAAAGGCACUCUCUUCUCCACAGUUCUCCAGCCCCUAUACCUAAAGCAAAGCUGCCCCAAUCCUCAUAUCCUUCACCAAACAGAAAGGGAGAUAACACUGAAAGGCAUUCUUUUCUCCACAGUUCUUGUCCACCAAGGAGCCAUCAUUCUUCACCUCAGACUGGGAAUAGAGGCUUUCAAGAACACAUAGAGCCCCAUGACACAUGGCUACCAUUGUUUGGGCUUUUGGCUGUUGCUGCACUUACCAUUAUUGGUCAAUUGUUUAGAUAAUAGGUUUAUCAUCUUGUUUUAAUUCCACGGCUAUCAAUAAAAUGAAUGCCAGUGAAUAGUUUGAGAUCAAGCAAGGCCAAGUAUAUAUUAUAAACAUAGUUUGCUGGACAUACUCCAAAAAUAACCUAAAACAUGACAAAUACAUAAUAGACCCAGCAACAAAUUUGUAGUGAAUUGUUAACUAGUCUGUGUUUGCUUGCUCACUUAUUGUUAUCGAGCUGUAUUGAUUAAAUCUUGAAAAGAACUAAUAGUCAUGAGUAUUAUCAUAUACUUUCUGUGUCACACACAGAAAUGUUCCACACACACACCAAAAAUGCCCUUACCCUAACCCCUAACCCUUGAACUUGUGAAUAAGCUAUAAUUUGUUGGAAGAAUGGACUUUGUAGACAUGAUUAAUUAAAAGAUCUUGAUGUAAA